AUGAUGCCAGUUGCUCUACGUUCACGUUCGUUACGAGACCAAAAUGAAUCGGAAGACACACUUUUACUACCUGUAACAAAACGUCGAGUGCAAACGAAAGUGGAAAUUCCUGAGGAAGAUGAAAUGAAAGAGGAACCAAUGCGUAACAUUGAAGAAAUUCGUCGAAAGAAUUUGGAAGACAACAAAGCCUUCUUAGAAGGUUUACUAAUGACAAAAAUUCGUGACGACUUCAAAAGUUUGACACAUUCAUUGCAACCAGAAGGAAAGAAACGAGAUUAUAAAUAUAUUACCGUUUCCGAAAACGCUCCAGUUCGCCGAUCACGUCGUCUUGCACAUAUGAAUGUCGAUGGAAAUAAACUUCCAUCACCAGACGUUAGCGAUAGUGAAAUAAAUGCUAAUGAAGACGAAAACACUGACAUGAUGGUUAAACGACAAAAAGUAACCAAACGAAUAGUGUCCCAACUAACACCGGAAGAGCAAGAAGCGCUUAAUGCAAAAAUCAAAUCAUUCUUUGAAGAUAAACAGCCAAUUAUCGAGUCAACAAAAUCAACAUUUAACUUUUCCGAUCUGGAUGUUGCUGACGAGAAUGUCUUCAAAUUAACGCCUGAUCGUUUAAUAUCAAUGGACAUGCAUUCACGAUCGGAUGUCUUAGCAGUUAUCGGAUGCGAUCGAAAGGGCACUGUGGGACUUGCAGUCAAACCAACAAGCGAUCUACAUGGCCCGUGGUCUAAAAUUAACUAUGACUUUCAUAAAGCAUACGCGACAUGUUGUCGUUUUGAUCAAUCGAAUCCAAAUUGUAUCAAUUCAACAUCUUAUGAUUCGACAUUUCUAACAUGCGAUAUCAUGAAAAAUCAAUUCAUUGAAAUGUUUAAAGACACGAAUAACCAUGGUUUAACAGCUUUUGAUUACCACUCACCACAAAUAUGUCUUGUGUCGGAAGAUAACGGCGAUAUUCUAGUAGUUGACUUGCGAGCCGUUCCUGCAUCUGUCGAACGUUUUGACGUAACAAAGAAACGUAUACGUUCGCUUCACAUCAAUCCGAAGAAAAAAGAUGAAUUUUGCAUAUCUGGAACUGACAAUUGUGUUAAAGUUUGGGAUCUACGAAACAUGUCCACAAUGAAAUAUUGUUUACAAACAAAUAGUUCAUGUUAUGGAGCCUAUUAUAACCAAUGUGGUAGUCAUGUGUUCGUUGCUACUCGAGAUGAUAGUGUUAUGUCAUUCUCAUUGGAUGCUAUGCAAAGUGCGGAUGAUCCUUUGAAUAUUGCACCAACGAAGAAAAUUCAUCAUCGAAAUUAUGUUAAUCGUUUUGUUACACCUUUUACUGCUCAACCUUAUUCUCUAAUAGAAUCUCAUUUUUUUAUUGGUUCGAAUACACACCCUCGUCAGAUCACUGUAUUGGAUGAAAACUGUGAGACAGUAGCAUCGCUAAGUAGUGAAAAUCUCAAUUCUCUUCCAACGAUCAAUAUUGGUCAUCCUACAUUACCGAUUAUUGUCGGUGGCAAUUCCAGUGGCCGUGUUCACGUAUUUACAGGCCAAGCAUAA